AUGUCCGUCGUUUCACAUUACCCACCUUUUCCCCGUCCCUCCCAUUCUCCCGUUCGCCUCUGCCGUGAUGCCUCGUGCCACCUGCAUUCUCCUACAGAUGGUGGGGGGAAGGGCGGGAAGGGUGCAGGGGCGGCCGGAAUGGGGGGGAGCGGAGAGGCAAGGGUGGCAGGAGGGCGGGCGGAGCGGACGUCGCAGGUGCCGAUUGUGAUUGUGGUGCCGGGGCUUACCAGCCAGUCCAGUGACAAGUACAUGCGGCAGUGUGUGGCGGGCGUCACACGGCACGGGUGGCGAGCGCUGGUGCCUAACCAUCGAGGCCUGGGGGGCGUCACCAUCACUUCAAACCGCUUCUACAAUGCGGGGUGGACCACGGACCUGCGCUUUGUCAUCAGCCUUGUGCAACAAGAUUACCCCUACGCGCCCCUCUAUGCGAUCGGCACGUCCCUUGGAGCCAACAUCCUGGUGAAGUACCUCGGGGAGGAGGGUGCGACGGGGCCCAUCCAAGCUGCUGUCUCCAUCGGCAAUCCCUGGGAUCUGCUGAUCUGUGACCGAUGGAUGAAUCGGCGGACAAGGCAGCGAGUGUACAACACUGCCAUGGUCACGGGCCUCAGAGACUUUGCCAAGCUUCACAAGGACAGCUUUCAGCACCUCGUGGACGUGCAGCACGUCAUGAAGGCGCGCACCAUCCGCCAGUUUGACGACCGCAUCACUCGCAUCGUCAGCAACUACGAGACCGUAGACACAUACUAUCGUCGAUGCGGGUCGGCCCAGUUCCUGCCAGAGGUGGCGGUGCCUCUGCUGGCUGUGAGCGCACUGGACGACCCCAUCUGCACCAGAGAGGCCAUUCCCUGGGACGAGGCCAAAGCCAACCCAAACGUGGUGCUGGCAGUGUCGCACCAUGGCGGGCAUCUGGCAUAUCUGCAGGGACUCACUGCUAGUAGUAUAUGGUGGUGA